AUGUCGACGAUGCCUAAGGACUUAAAUGAUGGUGACUCUAGUUACGCCCCGGGAAUUCUUGAUGACAAGUCGGCUUGUGCUGCAUGGCGCAGCAACCAGCGCCUAUUCACCUCUUUGCUUGCUAUAUUCUCCGCAGCCGGCGGUCAGUUAGUCGGUCAGCGAGUAGGUGUCCGCUUGCGCGAUGAAACUCGAGUGGCGGGACGCUUAGUCGAGGUCAACGGUCGUCUCAAUCUGACGCUAGACCAAGGCGUUUUGGUUGAGAGACCUUACGGAGACCGAGAGAUUCAUAUACUAAAAGUGAGUCACCUUUAUCCUUUCUUCUGUCCUCCCAUCAGUGAUUGCAGCAAAAAAUAA